UUUGUGCUGCGUAAUGACAACAUGUCUGCGCCCAUAAAUUUUACUUCUGCAUAAAAGUUGAAUGUUCUAGAAAAAUAUCUUAAGAUAAUAGGCAGGUGUAAGGAGAUAUCUGCAUCGUAAGCAAGUUAUACGUACUGACAAUUUUCUUGUGUGACGUUAAAACCGUUUUCUAGUCAGGAUGCCAAGAAAGAAGCCGUUUAGUGGGAAACAGAAGAAAAAACAGAUGCAAGAAAAGAAACACCGAACAGAAGAAGGUUCUGAUGACGAUGAGGAUGGCAGACACCGUCGCGGAAAACACCACAAACCAAAACCAGAUUCACAAGCAACAGAUAUUGAUAAACGACAAGAUCCCCAUAGAUAUCGACUUCAGUUCUAUAAAGAGAGUAACGAAAUUAUUAAACAAAGAAAGAAAGAAGCAAUGCAACCAUUUACAAGGUUACCUGAGAAAUGUUUAGAAGUGGAUAUGGAUGUGUUAUAUAAGCCUGGUUCUACACCAGAUAUACCAACACGACCAGCCUGGGAUUAUAAACUUACUAAACAUCAACUAGAAAUUAGAGAGGAAAAAAUAUUCAAGGACUACGUAGAUAAAUUAUUUGAGAAUUUUAAAAUAGAAGAUUUGAGUUAUUUUGAGUUGAAUCUAGAGACGUGGAGACAGUUAUGGCGUGUUUUAGAAAUGUCUGACAUCUUGCUACUAAUAUCUGAUAUAAGACAUCCGAUGUUGAAUUUUUCGCCAGCAUUAUAUCAUCAUGUAACGGAGGAACUGAGUAAACCAUUGAUUCUUGUCCUGAAUAAAGUUGAUCUGGCACCACCUGGACUGGUCAUAGCAUGGAGAGAAUAUCUUAUAAAAAAAUUCCCAAAGUUAUACAUUGUUUGUUUCUCCUCCUUCCAAAAAUUUGAUAAUAUCAGUGAUAUGGCUUCAGGCUCUAAAGUUCACAAACGAAAGAAACAUAUUAAAUAUGAUGCGUUGGGUCCUCGUGAAUUAUGGCAAGCUUGUGAUGACAUUGUACAAGGAAAAGUUGAUUUACGUGAAUGGAAAUCAAAAAUAGAAACUGAUUUAUCUGAUGCAGCAGCACCCGAAUUGUCAGAUGAAGAAAAUGAUCCUGAAACUGUUACAGAGAAACCUGAUUAUAGCUAUGUACAACAUGAACUUUAUAAAGAUGGUGUUCUAACUAUAGGUUGUAUAGGUUAUCCUAAUGUUGGGAAGUCCUCGUUGAUUAAUGGCCUUAUGGGGAAAAAGGUUGUGAGUGUGUCGAAAACACCAGGUCAUACGAAGCACUUUCAGACUAUUUUUCUCACUCCUACCGUUAAACUAUGUGAUUGUCCCGGUCUUGUUUUUCCUUCAUUAGUCGAAAAAUCUCUUCAGAUUCUAGCCGGUAUUUAUCCUAUAGCUCAAGUUCGUGAUCCAUACACUCCCAUUGGUUACCUGGCACAGCGAAUUGAUCUUCCAGCUUUAUUGCGAUUGGUGCAUCCAGAAUAUGAGAAAGAUAUCGAACAGAAAACAUUAGAAUGGUCAGCUGUUUAUAUAUGUGAAGCCUGGGCUGAGAAACGUAGAUUUUACACAUCAAAAGCUGCAAGACCUGAUAUAAGUCGAGCGGCCAAUCAUUUGUUGAGAAUUACAGUUGAUGGUAGAAUACAACUCUGUUUUAGACCACCGGGCUAUACAGAUAAUAAAGAAUAUUGGGAAGACCACGAGGACAGUAUAAAACUACAGGCAAGAUCUAAUCACAACGCCGACGAUUAUUCCUCGGAUUCUGACAAUAUACAGGUGGCAACCAAUAAUAGUGAUGCAGAGGCGGGGGAUGAUGGUGAUGAUGACGAUGAUGAUGAUGAUGAUGAAGAGGGCGAUGAAGGGGGAGUUUCUUUAAGUAAUCCCUUUGCUGUUCUGGGAUGAAAAUGUGCCAUUGUUAAAGCUUAGUAUUUGUUAAUAAAAUGCUUAGAAAAAUG